CUGUAUAAAUAGAAGAAAGAUGCUUGAAGACAGGUACUGAGUACUUGUAUUUCCAGAGCACAGCUUAUAUUUAAUUUGUAAGACAAGGAACAUGGCCUGCUUUGAAAUGUUCUAUGAACAAUGUGAGUGCUUCAGAAAAGGAAGCCAUCAUUCAAAUGCCAUACUUUACAACAUUUUAAGCCAGAAAGACACAAUUAACAACAAUUAUAGCGUCGGGCAGCAAAACUGCCACUGCAAGGUCAGGAGAUCAGUCCGUCUGAAGAACCCCGAGAAAACCUGUCAGGGGGCUUCUGACAUUCUGGUAAAGACAAUCAGCUUCAUGAAGAACCUGCCAUCUUUUCACCAGCUUCCUAUAAAGGACCAGCUGGCUCUCUUGCAGAGCAGCUGGGCCCCACUUUUCAUUCUGGGGCUUGCUCAAGAGGGUGUGAACUUCGACGUGACAGAUGUCCCAGCUACCAGCAUGCUGAAACGCAUCCUUCUGGACGGACAGAUCCCUGAAGCAAGUGAACCUUUUGACAGGCCACAGCCCACUUUGGUUGGAGUACAGCGGCUAAAAUCUUGCCUGAAUAAACUCUGGAGCUUGGAUCUCAGCCCCAAAGAAUAUGCUUAUUUGAAGGGGACUAUUCUUUUUAAUCCUGACGUUCCAGGACUUAGGACAUCCCAGUUCAUCGAGAGCUUGCAACAGGAGGCGCAGAGAGCCCUCCACGAGGUACUCGCACCUCUCCAUCCCGAAGACACGGGACGUUUUGCUCGCAUCCUUUUGAUCGCUUCCACGUUGAAGACUAUCACUCCCAUGUUCAUCACUGAACUAUUUUUUCGUCCCGUUAUUGGUCAGACGGACCUCCUUGACUUACUGGCUGAGAUGCUUUUCGCCAGAUAAGUGGGAUUUAACACAAGACUAUUUGGAAAAGCUGCACUGUGGUGUCUACGCGCCUGCAUUCCGUGGACGAGCGCGCAGUCGGUAAAGCAGGCGGCCGCCUCGCUGCUCCGUGGUGCUAAGGCGAUGCAGGAAGACCCGGACUCCAAUCCAGCUCUAUUAGAAUAUGUAAAACGGGACACUUCUUUCAGGCUUGUAUUAUAUAUUUAGUAAAGAGGACUGGAAAUCGAGAAGGGGGUAUUUUAUAAAUAUUUCACCAAGUCAUCUGAAUUCUAUAUUUAACCCAAGCUCUGUUUAAACUGAACACAAUUAGGAGAAUCGAACUAUUUUGGCUGGCGAAUAUUCUUACUGAACUGCACAUUUUAAAUUACAAUCCACUUUUAACAACAUUUUAAACUUAAGGUGCAUAAUGUACAUAUUGUAAAAUGAUGCUUGCAAUUUAUCAUAUUAGUGAUGCAAAAGAUGAGUUUCAAAUGGCACCAGGAGGAUAAAUUAUAUUAUUUAGUGUAACGCCGCGUCCAGGACUGGCUCCUGCCUUGCAUUUAAUUUUGCCGGAACAGACUUCGCUUCCCCCUCCAUCCAUAUUUUCUGGUGUUUCUCAAAUUCCACCUUCUGUUUUCAUUAUUGCAGAGCACAUAUUUCCGAGGUAAAGAUAAAAAAAAACCGACAGUUUAAAUUUCUCAGAGAGGCUGAAAUUGUGAGUGAGAUAAAAUAAUAUUUUCUACCCCGGCUCGGAGGAGCUGCAGGAGAGUCCGUCCACAGCAAACCAAAGAGGUAUAAACAGUUGUACAGAUUUACAGUUCAAGUACAUUUACUGUGUCAUUUGUCAGUUUUCUGAGUUAACCACACACCUUGGAGACGAGUAGCUGCUCCGGCGCUUAAAGACCGCCACUUUACAUUCUGCUGUCCUGUAAACCGAAGAGGUGAGCCCGUGAGUUAUUUUUUUCACACUGGAAAAUACAUUUGAAAGGCAAUACCAAUCAAUAUUGGUGAAUAAGUCACAUGUUAAAAGUACUUGUGCAAAUUAGAGAAGACUGCAACUUGUACAGUCCAGAUUUGAGCACCACUCACUGUACAUAUGAUUUUUCCAGACCUCCCGUUAAAAGUUCUAAAACAGAAAAAAUGUUGACAUCAUUAUAAUGAAAUACUUGCAAAAUGGAUCGACAGGUCUAUAAAUUGUAUACUGUAUAGCUUAUGAUUGUGUGGUGUUUUAUUUGUAUACACGAGGAGCCUAAAGUGUAAAAUAAGUCUAUUUUCUUUUAAAAGUUCACGAGAAAAUAAAUAUUUUUUUAAUAAAA